UCUUCAUUAUGUCGUCAUGGAAACCUUUAAAAUGCUAAUGUAUUUAACCUUUGUGCCAACCAAAGGAAAUAUUCCAACAGUUCGAACCUUUCAUGUACCCGCUCGUUUACGCUGAGAAGUUAUUUCCACAUCUUAUUGUAUUUUGCGUGAAAGAAGAGCUGUUCCUUAAUCGGACAUCAAAAGGAAAUUAUUUUCACAGCCAUCUAUCGACGGCCUUAAAUACAAAUUAUUCAGCGGGAGAAUAUUCGCGCGAAAGCUGAUUAAGAAGUGAGGAUGCUGCCUGAAGAGAAAGUGUUGUAUCCAUUUAUCGGCGAUUCGCUCGGACCAUGAGGAUUUUAACAGCAAUAUAGAGAGCAGAUGGGUACUGGUUGUUCGAAAUCGGUUGUUGUUAUUUCCAACACGAGCUGGAACCCCCACAACGCGCGACCCAGCCAAAGUUCUGCAUCGCAUUCAUCAUCGACAAAAUGCUCAGGAUCCACCAUAAAAACUCUUGCGGAAGCCGCAAUUUGGAGCCCAUUUAAGCUGAGCCGUUCUGAAGCCGAAGAGCUUCUGUCUCAAGCGGAGCCUGGUGCCUUUGUAUUUUCCCAUGACAUGACGUCAGAGUUAUUUCUCUCGAUAUGCGCGGGAAAAUACGUUUGCCAUCAUGCCGUGUUAACACGUGACCAAGGUUACUACGUUGGCGCAAGACGCUUUACGACAAUCGGAGCUGUAGUUGAUUAUUUUAAAGACCACCCUUUAGGAGAAACCACUUUAAAACAAGAGUUUAGGGCACUCAACCCAAGGAUUACUUCUCAAGUACAAGUCAAACAGCAUCCUGAUUUCACUAUCUCUUGUCCGGCACAAAUUUCUACAAAUGGCCACCCUGCUGGUCAAUUUCAAUGUGAUCAGUCGCUUUCCAUUCUCCAAACGUCUGUCGGUAGUAAGACUAACCAAUCACAAUCUCCUAAGAUUAUGUUGACGUCACAUCUCUCAGGGGAAGAAAAGACUCCUUCAGAAGACGAUGGUCAGGUGCUGGUUACCAUGAAUACUGAUGGGCAACAACCUCCGAGAUGCGCUCCUUGGAACGAUACACUAACAAAAAAACAGCUGACAAGAAGUAUGGCAAUUGAAAGGACUGACUCCUCGGGAGAAAUUCAAGAAACAGCUCUUUCACCAUUGUUACCUACAAGAAGUUCAGUGAUAAAAUGAGGAAUGGCUCAGUUUAUCAGUUUCUUGUUAGUCACAUUCGUUCGAAAAACUGAUUAUGGAGUUUUCUUGAACCGAGCUUCGGUUAAAGAGAAGCCUACAAGAUGAAAAUGGCUCACCCUCUCACAGUCUGGACACGUUUUUUGGCAGUCCUUCGUUUAGAGGUCUCUAAUCAUUACAGAUCGUUAUGGAAGGGAAAUAGAGAAACACAAUCCAAUUCUAGGAGCGAGAGAGACAUGAAAAUGUUCCCCGGGUUUGUUCAUAUGAUAUUUUUAGCAUGACUACGAUUAGUCAAGGACAUGCACACGAACCUAUAUGGUGCGUCACCUUUAAUAACCUCCAAAGUGAAAAAAAUUGAGUAUUUCUGGUCCUCCGAGGCUUGUUCCUUUUUAGCUCUAGGAUAAAUGACUUUUAAAAGAACAAAGCUUUCAAUCUAACACCGUUAACGUUGUUGCCGUGCUUUAUUCGCGCAUGCAAGUUUUUUUGUCUUGCGUUGUGACUGAAAAAAAAGCUAACCAAUUGAAACUGAUUUUCUAUUAACAGUAAUGUUACAAAUAAAUAGAAAGAAAAAAUAUUUUGACCUGUUGAUGUACUUGAAAAAGAAAAGAUGAAUUGAUCUUCAAAGGUCAAUUACAAGUCGCUGAAGAGAAAAAUCUGGAGAAAAAUUUCGGGGCAACGACUGAUCAAUUCAUUUUAAGGCAUGGAUUGGUGUUCAAAGUCUAUAUAUAAUAACUAUUUUAAAACACGACCAUUCCGCUUAGCACUACAUGGUAAGAAAUCACCAAAUCACCCGGUACAUCGGCUAAAAGAUUAAAUUUCAAAUUUUCAAGCAUUGGCAAUGAAAGACGUUAUUUUAUCCAAUAAAAUACCGUCUUUCAUCGCCAAUGCUUGAAAAUUUUUAGUUUUUCAUUAAAUAGAAAAAGGAUAGUGGAAAAACUCAGUCUGUUAUUAUACAAUUAUGUAAUAUACAACACCAAGCAGAGAAAAGCUUUGAUGGAACAUUUUAUAAUAAAAUUGUGAGGUUAAUGCCUUUAUUAUGUUCACUGGAACCCUAACUUUGAUAAAGCUGCAAGUUUUCUGAUAUGACCUUUGUCCUCGAAAUGGAAAAGUGAAAAUAACAUAUUUAGACGUA